AGGAAAAAGAUGUGACUUCGCUGCCAAACUAAAAACUUUUACAGUUUUACUUAUACUUUGCAUAUCUGCAUUAAUAAUUCAGUUCUUCUUUUCCUCCCGGGUAAUAUAAGAAGAUGAAUAGUCAAUAGUAAUAGUGAUUGAUCGAACUAACGGAAGUAUUUACAUUCAUCUAAAUCUGUUGAAAUUCAUGCAGAUAGUUCUGUGCUUCUUCCAAGAUGAUCACUAGAGUGGCGUUCAUACUAUUUGGAGUUUUAAAAUAUCUCCUGAUAAUCGAGUUUUUGAUUGCCUUAUUUAUUAUUAUUGAGGGAGUUUUUAAUGUCAGAGUGGGUCUGCGUUCGGGCUACAUUAAAACGAUUUUGUGGCUGCUGCAGUAUGGAAAACGGCGAUUGGACUCUAAGCUGUCGGCCGUAGAGCUCUUUCAGCGGCCGGAAAAAACGUGGUCGCAGCUGCAGGCCAGAGCUGAUCUCUUGGAAGAUGAUGCUGCGACUAAGCCACUGCAGGUUGAAGUGGAAGAGAUGGAGCCCAGUCAGUUUAAGCUUUCCAGCACGUUCACAUUACUCAGAUCAGGACUGCGGGCCAUUGUGGAAGAUGACGUUACGAAGGCUUUCGAUGCCGAAGAAUUACCAUACUGGAAUCUCUUGACGCGAACCAACAAAGGCUACCAGUACAUCAGCUUCCGGUUGAGCGUGUUGUGGGGACUGGGCUUUCUCUUUCGGCACUUUCUCCUGUUUCCCGUUCGAUUGAUUGUCUGUAUUUUUGGGUUGCUCUUUUUGAUUAUCACUGCGACAAUCUGUUCCAAACUGCGCGACGGUAAAAUAAAAUCGCGCCUGGUUACAUACUCCAGUCUGGUCAGUUUCCGCAUUCUGGCCAGGGCUCUGACGCUGCACUGCACCUAUCAUGAUCGGCAAAACAAAGCCAAGAAAGACGGGAUUUGCGUUGCCAACCAUACAUCACCGAUUGAUGCGGUUGUCAUGUCCUGUGACAAUGUUUACUCAUUUGUUGGUCAACAACAUGGCGGGCCAUUUGGGUUCCUUCAGAACGUUUUGGCCAAGGCUUUUGAUCAUAUUUAUUUUGAACGGUCGGAAGCCAAAGAUCGGAGUCUCGUUAGCCGGCGUAUGCACGAGCAUAUACUGGAUCCGUCGAAACCACCAAUCCUCAUCUUCCCCGAAGGCGCUUGCGUGAACAAUACCUCCGUCAUGAUGUUCAAAAAAGGCAGCUUUGAAGUCGAUGCACUCGUAUAUCCGGUGGCCAUCCGUUAUAACCCCAUAUUUGGCGAUGCAUUCUGGGGCAACCAACCGACUAUGCAGGAUCACAUCUGGGACAUGAUGACCAGCUGGGCCAUUGUCUGUGAUGUGUGGUAUCUACCUCCAACCCGGAAAAUGCCGGAUGAAGAUGCCACGCAAUUCGCUAACCGUGUGCGCAUGGAAAUCGCCAAGAAAGGCGGUUUGGUUGAUAUCGACUGGGAUCCUCGAUUUUUUCCUGAAUCCAAAAGACCUUCCGAGAGUAGGUGGAGAAAAGAGCAGCAGAAAGCGCUGGGUGAUAGGAUCUCAGGGAAGCAGAGGAAUGAACCUUCCUCAGAUUGAUCGUGGGUUUUGAGUUCUGUUGUUCGGAGAACGAACAAUCUGGCAAUCGAGAUCAGAAAUUUUUCAGAAUAUUAACAAUAUUUUACAUAUAUUUGACUUUAGAGAUUUUAUCGCAUCAUAUCGGAAGAUUGACAGCAACAGCUUGUUAUAAUACAUUACUGAUCAGAUAACCAAAAAGCCCCUAAUUUUAACUGUCGUCAGUGUUGUUUUUUGACUUUUUGUUGUGGAUUUUGUUUAUUGUGUUAACAAGACCAAAUUGAUGUUUGAUUUAAGCUUGUAAACUACAAGUUGAUUUAUGCUAACUUACACACAA